UUUUUCCCCUCCCUGGGACAUCUGGGCGAGCUGGGAGUUGUGUAUUUUGGCAGCAGAGCCCGUCUAGUAACAGGAGACAAACUGUGUUGGGCUUGUUUUGUCUGUCUGACGGCCCCGCCGAGCUCCUUCCCGGGAAUCCCAGGCAGGACUGGGAUCAGCUGGGAAAAGGGGACCGUCCCUGGGGAUGGGCAGGAUCCUCUCUCCGGAGAAAUCCCUGCGGCUGACGCCGCUUUCCUUGUGCUCCACAGUUGGCAGGAGGGAGAAAAUGAAAGCAGGCUGCAGCAUUGUGGAUAAACCUGAAGGAGGAGGAGGGUAUCAUUUCCCGGAGUGGGCUUAUAAAACCGAGUCCAGCCCUGGCUCCAGGCAGAUCCAGCUGUGGCACUUCAUCCUGGAGCUGCUCCAGAAGGAGGAAUUCCGUCAUGUCAUCGCCUGGCAGCAGGGAGAGUACGGCGAGUUCGUCAUCAAGGACCCCGACGAGGUGGCCCGGCUGUGGGGGAGGAGGAAAUGCAAACCCCAGAUGAACUACGACAAGCUCAGCAGGGCCCUCAGAUACUACUACAACAAGAGGAUCCUCCACAAGACAAAGGGCAAGAGGUUCACCUACAAGUUCAACUUCAACAAGCUGGUGAUGCCCAACUACCCUUUCAUCAACAUCCGGCCCAACGGUGA